ACAUAUGUAGAUAUCUUUGACGAUGACAAGUAUGAUCAGGAUAAGUACAACUUUGUCGAUGACCGUGGAGCUGUUGCAAACCCAGAAGAUGCAGGACCGGACGAGCUAGGAGCAGCUGCAGCAAAUCCCAUCGGUGAAGUGGGUGAACACGGUGCUACGGCACAUCCCUUUCUGGUUGCAUUGGACGAUGAUGCUACAGCUUUCCCUCUUGGAAUUAACGUAGGAGACGAAGGAGCACCUGCAACAGAUCCCGACCGUGAAGUGGGUGAACACGGUGCUACGGUACAUCCCUUUGUGAUUGCAAUAAACGAUGGUGCUCAAGCUUUCCCUUUCGCUAUUAACGUACCAGAGAAAGGGGCAGCUGCAGCAAAUCUCGCCUAUGAACACGGUGCUACGGCACAUCCCUCUAUGGUUGGAAUUGACGAUGGUGCUACAGCUUUCCCUCUCGGAAUCAAAGUAGAAGAAGAAAGUUGCGCAGCAUACCCUUUUGAGAGUGAUAAGAAAGAUAUGGAUGCCCAAGCGUACCCUUUGGAGAGUGAUACUUUACCAUACCUUAGCGAGAACGAGGAAGAAGAUGUUGAUAACUCCGAGUGCCCUCUUGCGAUUGAGGAAGAAGAAAUUGAUGACUCCGAGUGCCCUCUUGCGAUUGAGGAAAAAGAAAUUGAUCCUUUACCAUCCUCCCUGGUGAUGGACGAAGACGGUCUAGCUGCUUCAGCACGUCCCCUUGUGACUGACGAAGAAAAUUCUGAUUCUUUAGCAUGCCCCCUUGUGGUUGAGGAAGAAGAUUCCAAUAACUCAGCAUGCUCCCCUGUACCUGGGGAGGAAGAUUUGGAAGCCACAGAAUGCCUUUCUGUUACUGAAAAAGAAGAUCCUACCUCUUUCGCACGCUCUGCAAAUGAGGUGAACAAACCCGAUGCCUCACCAUUCCCUUGUGUGAUCGAAGAAGAUCUUGAUUCUUUAGAAUACAAUCCUCUGAUCGAAAAAGAAGGCCUCAGUGAUUCCGUCUUCCCUCCAGAAAUUCAAACUGAUGACGAAGAUGGUGUAACAACUGAACCUGAAAAUACCGUUGGUUAUGAAGGUGCUGUAGCAGCUCAAUCUGAAAAGGAGGCAGUAGAAGAAGAACCUAAGACUUGCCAACUAGAGUACACGAAGGAUGAACAAGACGAUCUUGGAAACUAUAUGGACGACCAAAGUGAUGCUGUAGACCUUUUUGACGGAGACGCUAGCGUACAAGAGUAUGAUGGUAAUCAACUUACUGCUGCGAAUAUAGACGAAACUGGAAGUGACGAAGACGAGGAGUCAUCUGAAGCAACUCCUCUUGUGCAGGACUGAGGCUUAAUAGCAGAAUUGCUUAACCUCUAAGGUUGUAGUCUUAUAACACUCUGUUAUUUGUAGUUUAUAUUUCGAGAAUUUCAGCCUCAAUAUUUCAUAGUUUUUUUUUUAUUUUAAGACGUAGGUUUUUUCGUACUUUUACUUUAGUAAUGCUUCGGUAGUGAUGAUAACCAUUUUCAUAGUUUAUAAGUGGAGGUUAAGUGGAAUUUCCUUCAAAGAAAAACUUGUUUAUUUACUUCACUUUUGCAUUUCUUAGUUUACCGUUUAUUCACUUGGUGCACUUGUCAGUGCUUUGUUGAUGUUAUUGACUGUAGGCUGAUAGAGACAAAAAAAAAGAAAAAAAAAAGAAAUUGCUGUUAAGAUAAUUUUUAUAACUG